UUUCACCUAUCAAGUACAUUAUUCAAUUAUAAUAUGAAUGGAAUUUUACAAUACCAAUAUUACAAAAUUUGGUUCAAUUUUUUUUCAUAUACAAGUAACAAUAAAACCGAAAACAGAACACUCAAACACAUCAAUGACGAGUAGAUUUGCAUUAGCGAAUGCAGCAAGGAAAGAUGAUAAAAGAAGGAUGGAUGAUUUUUCACGUGAUGAUGAAUCUUUAAUAGGAGGUGCUGCAAUGAAUUCAAUGACAAAUAAUAUUUUACAAAAUAAGUCUAGUAUUGAAAUAAAUCGUAAUGAAGCGUAUAAAAGGUUAAAUUCAAGAAGAUCUUUAACAAGAUCUAGUUCACAAAUUUUAUCACCUAUUAAUUUUGGAGAAAAUUCAAAUAUCGAAGAGGGUAAUUCAAUAUAUCCAUCCUUUUUAACACCAAAAAAUGAUUAUUAUAGUAGAAAUUCUAUUAAAAGACCUGUAUUCAUAUUUUCGGAUGAACAAACUAGUGAUGAAAUUGAUUUAAAUAGUACUGUUUUUAAUAAUGUUAAUAAUGGUAAACGAAUUAGCGGAGAAAAUACGGGAAUAAAAAGAAUAAGUAAAAGUAGUAGUAGUAUAAGAAUAAGUGUAGGAACGAAUACUAGUAUUAAUGGUAAUGAUUCUUCAAGUAAUUUAGGUGUAAGAAGAAUUUCAGGUCAUAUUAAACAUCAAAAAUCAUUUGAAAGUUCAAUGGGUUUAAUUGCUGAAGAAAAUUCUGAUGGAUCACAUCGAACAAUUAUGACAAAAAGAAAUCAUAGUAGUGCGAGUGUAAGUAGAGAAGCAUCUGAUGCAACUUCUACUACAAUAGUAACUACCUCAACCACAUAUACUUCUAGUAUUACAGUAUCAACUACUACUACUGUAAUAAGUCCUAUAGCAGCAGCAGCCGCUAAAGCUUCUUGGAAUAAACCUGAUAUCAAUGAUCAUUUGAGUGCUGAUGAAAGAAAAGGAUUUUCAGAUUCAAUGGAAAAACGUGAAUGGUUAACUAAACGUCCCGUAUCACCUCUUCUUAGAAGAAAAACUUUAUCAAAAUUACCUAAUUUAUAA